AUGUCUACUACACCCACCACUCUCAUCACUGGAGCCACUGGCUUCAUUGCCGGCCAUUGCAUCGAGCAGCUUCUGAAGGCCGACCACAAGGUCAUUGGAACGAUUCGAUCGCAGGAGAAGGGCCAGCGAUUGGCCGCUGCUUUCCCCGAGGCCAUCAAGACCGGCCAGCUGGUGUUUGAGACUGUUUCCGAUGUCCGAUCCGAGCAGGAGUUCAAGACUCUGUUCCAGAAGCACACUGACAUCAAGUAUGUGCUCCACACCGCCUCUCCCUUCCAUUUCAACGUCGAGGACCCCGUCAAGGAUAUGCUUGAGCCUGCGGUUGAGGGUACUCUGACCGUCCUCAAGACCGCCAAGCAGUACGCUCCCCAGGUUGAGAAGUUCGUCAUCACUUCGUCUUUCGCCGCCAUGAUGAACUGGCACGAGGUUGGCGACUCCUCCGCCGUCGUCACCGAGAAGUCCUGGAACCCCGUCACUUGGGACGAGGCUGCCCAGAAGGGCAAUGUUGUCGUAACCUACCUGGGCUCCAAGAAGUUCGCCGAGAAGGCCGCUUGGGAUUUCAUGGAGUCUGAGAAGCCCUCCUUUGGCCUCACCACUGUCAACCCUGCCUACGUCUUUGGUCCUGGUAUUGCUAUUGAUGCCAAGGCUCUCAACACCUCCAACGAGGUCAUUGUCCAGGGAGCUCUCUCUACCAAGCCUGGUCAGGAUGCUCCUGCUGGCCCUGCCCAGAUGUGGGUUGACGUGCGAGACGUGGCCAAGGCCCACCUGUCUGCCAUCUCCAAGACCCUAGACAACCAGCGUCUCAUGCUGUGCGUGUCCAAGUUCUGUAACCAGGAUCUCCUUGACGUGAUCAACGAGAAGGUGCCUGAGCUCAAGGGAAAGAUUGCUACCGGAAAGCCUGGAACCGGAGCUGAAACUGACAAGGAGGGCUUUCAGUUUGAUAACGACCAGACACGAAAGGCUCUCAACUACGACUGGAUUCCCCUUGACAAGUCUGUGGCUGACUUUGCUAACCAAUGGCUGUCGUUCCAGAACUAA